AAGUUUAUUUAAUUUCAUUUAUUGGUGAAAUACAAGCUCAAAUGUGCAGUAUUGGAGAAGAUGAUUUUGGCGAUGAGGGUGCCACGCAUGCCAUGCUGCCUGGUUCAUCGGCCACCGGUACUGUGCUCAGUGCUGGCAGCUGUAGUAAGUGUAACCUUGCUUCAGAUGAGCUCUACAAAUUGAACUUUCGUGCCGCUGAAUGCCAGCUAUGUUUCCUCAGCUACGCCAGGCACAAGUUCCGCGCCGCCCUUGGCGCUGCCAAGGCUUUGCCACGCAGUGCUGAAGUUCUACUCCUGGUUGAUGGCAGCGGCGCUUCCCUGGUGCUGCUGGACAUGCUCCACUUUGCACAGACCCAAAACACGUUCAAGCGACUGCAUUGCAAUGCGCGAGUGCUCUACAUAGAUGCUUGUGGCAAUGAUUCACUGUCGUCUCUGCACAAGCUGCAUGAGCGUUAUGCGCCAUUUGAAUUCUAUGUCAUACAACUGAAUGCAGAGCCCAAAAGUUUGCAGUCAUUGAAGGAAUAUAGUGCGUCAAUAGUAAACGCAACGCAACAGGAGCUGCGCAGCUUGACAGCUCGCCAGGAUUAUGGACUGCAGCAGCGCAAGCGGCUGAUUGGAGCCGUAGCCGCCCAUCUGCAGUGCAGCCAUGUCUUUGAGUCUAGCAUAAGCAGCACGCUGGCCACACAGCUGUUGACGUCUGUGGCUUUAGGACGUGGCGGCAGCGUUGCUUUGGAUGUGGCGCUACUGGACGAUCGCCUGCAGGACGACAUUAAGCUGCUGCGACCCUUGAAAGACCUCAACGAACAGGAAGUUCAGUUCUAUGUGCACGCCCAGCAACUGCAACCGUUCACCUCCGAGAAUGAACUUGACCAGUCCUCCGCAGCCAGCCUCCAAAAUCUGACCAGUGCCUUUGUGGCCAAUUUACAAAUCAAUUAUGCAUCCACCGUGUCCACAAUUUUUCGCACCGGCGAUAAAAUUGCAGCCAAGCAACAGACCAACGUAGAUCCGACCACAACUUGUACGCUGUGCCAUUCCGUUUUGGAUCAUCAACUCUCAGACACCCUGCUGGCAAUUGAAUACUCACGUGCCGUCUCAGAAAUGGGCGUGGCACUGCAGCAGCAUGAUAAUAUGGAGGCCUUGGAGCAGCGCGCGAGGCAGCGCUUGACAGCAGCACAAGAUUUGUGUCACGCCUGUAGAAAUAUACAAGCCGAGUUAACUAGUGGUAACAUACCAUAAUCACUUGUAAUCAGUUUUUUUUGAUCUGAGAUCUAAAUUUAACUGCGGAUAGUGAUCUUACACAGACCUUACAAAAUUAUAAUACCCUCUAGAAGGGUAUAAGUCCAUAAAAUUAUACAAAGAUCAAAGUCUUCACUGACUCUAAAAAUAAUUAUAAAACAAAGAAGCAUGUGCUGAUUGAUUACUAGAAACUAUGGGUUACUUAUUUGUUCUUAUUUGAGUUAA